UUGCCAGCUGUGAGGGGAGCAGAGAGAAGAAGAGAAGUAAAGGGACAAAGACUCAUAUCAUCAUCUAUUAUAGAGUUGUGCGUGCAGGACAGAGACUUUUGAGGCUUCACUGCGUCUCGUGUCAAAGUCUCUGGGUUUUCCUCCAUCCUCCUGCAUCAUGCUGCACCUAGUUUCCAUUCACUGUGUCUCAUUUGCUUUGCUGCUCAUGUGGACUCAGUGCAGCGCCCAGUCAGACUCUAGCACUGCUGGAAUCCAGCUGCGUCUGGCUGGGGAGAAGAGGAAACACUACGAGGGUCGGCUGGAGGUUUUCUACAAUGGAGAGUGGGGGACAGUGUGUGACGAUGACUUCACCAUAUAUGCCGCCCAAGUGGUGUGCAGAGAGCUUGGCUUCCUGAAUGCUGAUUCCUGGUCGCCCUCUGCCAAGUAUGGUAAAGGAGAAGGCCGUAUCUGGCUAGACAAUGUGCACUGCACCGGGGGAGAAAAGAGCCUGGCUCAGUGUGAGUCCAACGGUUUCGGCGUGUCUGACUGCAAACACUCAGAAGACGUCGGCGUGGUGUGUAACCAGAAGCGCAUUCCAGGCUUCAAGUUCAUCCGGAACCAGGCCAAUAGCAUCGAGGGUGUGACAGUGCAGGUGGAGGACGUGAGGAUCAGGGCCACAUACUCUCACAGGAAAAGGAUUCCCAUCACAGAGGGCUUUUUGGAGGUGAAAGAUGGAGGCAAGUGGAGGCAGAUUUGUGACGAAGAGUGGACGGGGAUGAACAGCAAGGUCAUCUGUGGCAUGUACGGCUUCCCUGGGGAGAAACGCUUCAAUAACCGAGCCUACAAAUUGUUGGCCAAUCGUCGUAAGAAGAACUACUGGGGUUUCUCUGUCAACUGCACCGGCAACGAGGCCAACUUGUCCGACUGUAAAAUGGGCAGGGAGAUCGAGCUGAAGGGAAACAGCACCUGCGGACGGGGCAUGCCUGUCGUGGUCAGCUGUGUGCCUGGUCGUGCCUUUGCUCCCAGUGUCAGCAUGGGCUUUAGAAAGGCCUACAGAGUGGAGCAACCCCUGGUGCGUCUAAGAGGCGGCGCUAUGAUAGGCGAGGGCCGAGUGGAGGUGCUGAAGAACGGCGUGUGGGGAACAGUGUGCGACGACAACUGGAACAUUAGAGCUGCAACUGUGGUGUGUCGAGAGCUGGGAUUUGGCAGCGGCAAAGAGGCUCUGAGUGGAGCCCGAAUGGGACAAGGGAUUGGGCCGGUCCACAUGAAUGAGGUGGAAUGCUCUGGGUUUGAGAAGUCACUGACAGAGUGCCUCUUCAAUCGUGAGUCCGUGGGCUGCAGCCACGAGGAGGAUGCAGCUGUCAGGUGUCAUGUUCCUGCCAUGGGUUUCCAAAACAGACUGAGGUUAGCCGGUGGUCGUAACCCCUACGAGGGUCGCGUGGAGGUCCUGGCGGAGAGGAAUGGCACUCUGCAGUGGGGCACAGUGUGCAGUGACAGCUGGGGGACCAUGGAGGCCAUGGUCGUGUGCAGGCAGCUGGGGUUGGGCUUUGCCAGCAAUGCCUUCCAGGAGACGUGGUACUGGCAGGGAGAUUCCUCCUCUGAUGCAGUGGUGAUGAGUGGUGUGAGGUGUUCAGGAACAGAGCUGACCCUGGAUCAGUGCCUACAUCACGGGAAACACACAAUCUGUCCCAAAGGAGGUGGACGCUUCGCUGCUGGUGUCUCAUGCACUCAGGCUGCCCCAGACUUGGUCCUCAAUGCUCCGGUCGUAGAGCAGACCACGUACCUGGAGGACAGGCCCAUGUACGCGCUGCAGUGUGCCCAUGAGGAGAGCUGUCUUUCCAAAACCGCAGACAAAGCCGACCCCAGCUCCUACCGCCGUCUACUGCGCUUCUCCUCCCAGAUCCACAACAAUGGCCUGUCAGACUUCAGGCCACGGGCAGCACACCAUUCCUGGGUUUGGCAUGAAUGUCACAGACAUUACCAUAGUAUGGAGGUUUUCACCCACUACGACCUCAUGAGUUUAAACGGAACUAAAGUGGCGGAGGGACACAAAGCCAGCUUCUGCCUGGAAGACACCUAUUGUGAUGAGGGUAUCCAGAAAAGGUAUGAGUGUGCGAACUUUGGGGCACAAGGAAUCACAGUUGGCUGCUGGGACACCUACAGACACGACAUCGACUGUCAGUGGAUCGACAUCACAGACGUGAAGCCCGGCGACUACAUCCUGCAGAUUGUGAUAAACCCCAACUAUGAAGUUGCAGAGUCAGAUUAUACCAACAACAUAAUGAAGUGUCGCUCUCGGUACGACGGACAAAGGAUAUGGACAUACAACUGUCGUAUAGGUGGCUCAAUGAGUUCGGAAACAGACGACAUGUUCCCUGGACUCCUGACCAACCAGCUUUCACACAGGUAGACCAGAGAUGGACAACACAGACGGACAGACGAACAAUAGGAAUGGCAUUAAGAAUAUCUGACAACCACUAGAGGGGGUGUGCAGCUUCACUCCCUUGGAGCUGUGCUGGACUGAUGUUGAGCUCCACUUGAACAAAGGACAAUUAUUGCUUGCUUUCUAAGUGUAUUAAACCACAUUCAGCUGUAUAAGACGUUAUGUCUCAGACUCACUCGUCUUUUUAGUGAAUUCAAGGUUUUGACCUGGUGCUUUAUGGGAGAUCUUAUUUAUUCAAUUAACCGAGUCAAAGAAAAGUCCCUUUCUAGUCUUCAAUGAAAAACCUGCUUUUUAUUUACCUAUCAGUGGAGCUUAUUUGGGAAGGAUGAAAACAGUAUGGUGCUGAAACUGGUGCUGCAAGAAUCUUGCACUGUAUGUUUUUUUUUAAUGAAUCUCAUAGUUCUGGACUUCACGAGAAGCCAAGAACACAAUCUAAGGCAACAAUACAACAAAUAAGUCAAAGAUCAUCUGUAUUCAACUUUCUACAAAUUGUAAACACAACUCUAAUAUACAUAAAUGAAAGCUGGAUGUAUUUUUUCAUUUUCUGUCAGGGUCACCCUGGUGUUGAAUUCACUAUCUACUGAAUACAGUUGAUUUAUUUAUGCCAACACUUGCUUGGACCUGGUUCCUUUAGUAGUUUUGACGACCUGUGAUGGAUUUUCAGUCUUAAAUUCACAUCAUUAUUAAGCUGAGAGGGACAGUGCUUCUUGCUUCUUUAAUUUGGCGCUCCACAUACUUGUGUUCACCGAUGAAAAUGUUUUAUUUAUUGAUUUUGUUCUUGAUUGUUACGGUAGACACACAUUUUCAUCUUCAUACGACAUCUCCUUAGCUUUAUUCUUUUACUUUUGAUAAAUUAUUACCAUCAGGGAAUAUGUUAACAAUGUGGGUGUGUAAUGUCAGAGCCACACUUGGGUGUGAACAUGUAUUGUAAAUUACUUUUUUGAUGUCGCUGACUCAGUGAUCCCUCUUUUUUCUUUUCUUUUUUAAAGAAUACUUGUCAUUUGUUGGCUGUUUUUAUUUUGUAUGCAUGGGUGAAUUUUCAAUUUAUAUGAAGAAUGUUCAAAAUAAAUGCAAAGUUAAAGUGGA